AGUUACAAAAAGGCUUUUACGAGGUAUCAGCACUUUUCUUUCAUUAGAGUGAAGGAGGGAGGAAAGGACAAAACGGCAGCAGACUUUUAAACUUUAAAUAGACAGGUCUGAGUGCCUGAACUGGCUUUUCCAUUUUAUUUCAGUCUCCAAAGAGUUCAAUCAUUUGCUUGGGCUGCAUCACUCCUUUUAAGCAAAAAAACAACAGCCAGGUAACAUGGGGGAUUGGAGUGCCUUAGGCAAACUCCUCGACAAAGUUCAAGCCUAUUCUACUGCUGGAGGGAAAGUGUGGCUCUCUGUCCUCUUCAUUUUCCGAAUCUUGCUGUUGGGAACUGCAGUUGAAUCAGCCUGGGGUGAUGAACAAUCUGCUUUUCGAUGUAAUACUCAGCAACCAGGUUGUGAAAAUGUAUGUUAUGAUAAAUCCUUUCCAAUCUCUCAUGUGCGUUUUUGGGUUCUGCAAAUCAUCUUUGUGUCUGUGCCAACUCUUUUGUACCUGGCUCACGUGUUCUAUGUGAUGCGAAAAGAAGAAAAGUUGAACAAGAAAGAGGAGGAGCUGAAAGUCGCUCAAACUGAUGGUGCCAAUGUGGAUAUGCACUUGAAACAAAUUGAAAUAAAGAAAUUCAAAUAUGGAAUUGAAGAACAUGGCAAAGUGAAAAUGCGUGGAGGGUUGCUCCGGACAUACAUCAUCAGCAUUCUUUUUAAGUCUGUUUUUGAGGUGGCCUUCCUGCUGAUUCAAUGGUACAUCUAUGGCUUCAGCUUGAAUGCUGUCUAUACUUGCAAGAGAGAUCCCUGCCCUCAUCAAGUGGAUUGUUUCCUCUCCCGUCCCACAGAGAAAACCAUCUUCAUUAUCUUCAUGUUGGUUGUGUCUUUGGUAUCCCUUGCCUUAAAUAUCAUUGAGCUAUUCUAUGUGUUCUUUAAGGGUGUCAAGGAUCGUGUGAAGGGAAAAAGUGACCCUUACCACGCUCCAGCUGGCCCACUGAGUCCCAGCAAAGAUUGUGGAUCUCCCAAAUAUGCUUAUUUCAAUGGCUGUUCUUCCCCAACUGCUCCCUUGUCACCAAUGUCUCCUCCAGGGUAUAAGCUUGUUACUGGAGAUCGAAACAAUUCUUCUUGCCGUAAUUACAAUAAGCAAGCCAGUGAGCAAAACUGGGCCAACUAUAGUGCUGAGCAGAAUAGAAUGGGCCAGGCUGGAAGCACCAUCUCUAAUUCACAUGCCCAGCCUUUUGAUUUUCCAGAUGAUAAUCAGAAUUCAAAAAAACUAGCAGCAGGGCAUGAGCUACAACCGCUUGCCAUUGUGGACCAAAGGCCUUCCAGUAGAGCCAGCAGCAGGGCCAGCAGUAGACCUCGGCCUGAUGAUCUGGAGAUCUAACUCUCUAUAACAACAGUAUUGUAGUUAAAAAUGGUGCAUUGGGAUGUGCAUCCUAGAUGUUCUUUUUGUUCUCGUGGAGGAGGUACUUAAUAGCCUCAAGCAGGAGGCUUCACAAACACAAAGACUUUUAUAAUACUUGGGUUCUUUGGGUGGAUAUGGGAGGGAGGAUGAGAGAGGCACAAGGUAUUUAAAGUAGUUGAUUCAGAGAAUUUAAAUAGAAAGAAAGAAAAGAAAGAAGAAAGGAAUGAAAGAAGGAAGGAAGGAAGGGGAAAAGAUUAACCAGUGCAUAGGUAGGGUUUUUUUUUUGUUGUUGUUUUUGUUUUGUUUUGUUUUCUUUCUUUUUUUUUUUUCUCCAUAGAAAGGUUUUAUAUGUGUGUUUGAAAAGUGUUGGUUGCUAAAUAAUUUUCUGUUUAACUAAGAAAUCACUUCUGACAGGAUAAAAUGCUGCCUGAAUAUUAUGUAAUUUCUUUUGAACAAGUUAAAGACGUAGGAUUGUCCUUUAUUGUUUCCCUGUUCAGAACAUUCCAUUGUUAAAAUUUGCACUUUGAAGGUAAGCUUCUUAGAUCUGAUCCUUUAGGUUUCAAUGAAUUUGAACCAAAAAUCGUAUAUCCUUUGAAUCAACUAAAAUUUCAGACGAGGCCCACCAAAAAAGUCAUUUUCCGUAUAUACAUGUAGAUCAUUCAGCCAGGUAAAAAUUUUUCCAUGUUGGACAUAUAUUGGAUUUUUUUAUAUACCUAUUUUUCUUAUCACUACCAUCACAUAUAAAACCUCAUUUCUAAAUCACUUUUCGCACCCUUUUGUUCCUAUAAGACAAUCUUAAAACAGUUUGGCUACCACUUGCAAAUUACAAAUUGGAGUCAGGGAGUCAAACCAUAUUAAUUUUGGGAAAAUCACGUGUGUCUCUGUAUGUAUGUACAUGUAUGUGUGUGUUUAUUAGAGUGCAUUUUGAAAUCCUGUAUAUUGAUCGGUACAGGCAUAUACAGUGUGGAAUCACAAGCACAGGCAGAAAAAUAAUGCACACACAGCAUGCUCCGAAUUGAACUUUUCUCAUGGAUUUUGUGGUGUGGGCCAAUAUGGUGUUUACAUGAUAUAAUUCCUGCUGUGCAAGAAAAGCACAUCUUAGUCUUUUUUUUUUUUUUUUUUUUAAUUCUAAAACACUUUUUUCCCAUGUAUCCUAUUAUGGAUACUUGUUUUGUUAAUUUUUUUUUUUUUUUUAACGUAGCAGUGACACUAUUGAGGGCAUGGAUGAUUUUCUUUUUUCUGAAAUGUAAUCAUUGAUGCUUGAACAAUAGAAUCUUUAGUACUGUAAAAAAGCUUUAGUUAUUAAUGUGAGAAUCUUAGAAGAAUUGCUUAGAGCUGGACUAUUACAUGUGCCCACAUGAAUUUUGCAGUAACUGGUCUUUUUUUGGUUCUUCCUUAUUCCAUUCAUACAACUGAACAGGAUUAGUUGUCAUUGUGCAUUCUUUUUGAGGUGGAUAGUUCAAUCUCUGGGGGAAGAGGGGGUGUUUGUUCAGAAAUUUUGACUUUGCACUUACAUUUUGCUUGGAAUUCAAUAGAGGCCGGAAGAAAUUUUGAAAAGUAAAUAAGAAACUAAUUUAUUUGAAAUAUAUGCCAGAGAAAUCAACCAGUUUCUUCAAAUGUAUUGCUUUUUCUUUUUUAGGUUAUCACAGUCAAGCAGGGGAAAUACUUAGCAUAGUUUUCAUUUUGUUGCACAACAUACCUAAAACAGUUUUGUACAAUCCAGCAGACUAAUCUGUUUGACAUUCCAUGUUAAACUACUGUCAUGGUCAACUUCAUUGCAUGUAUGUAGAUCUAGUCCAUCAGAUUCUAUUUCCAGGAGUGUUCUUUAGUCAAUAAAAUUUUAAUUUAGUAUAAAA